AUGUUCAACGCCUCGUUGAUCAGACCUGGGGUAAGACAUGCGACCUUAUCUAAUUGCCUUCUCUCCCCCGACAUUGACGCCUACAUCUCAGGGAAGUUUCAGAAAUGCGAUGGCUCGCAACGCCUCCUGAUCGCCAUUUCCGGCAUCCCAGGUAGUGGGAAAACCACGCUGGCGGCCUCCGUCUGUGCAGGUCUCAACAAAACGCACCACAGCCAUCAAAACAGGCGUUUCCCCAACAGUCCGAACCGCUCAGGACCAGACAUCGCGUUUGUCGUCCCCCUCGAUGGCUAUCACCUGACUCGCAAACAACUCAGCGAGAUGCCAAAUGCAGAGGAAGCCAUCUUCCGCCGUGGCGCCGCGUUCACGUUCGACCCCACCAGCUACCUCAAACUGGUAGAGCAAGUGCGCAAACCUAUCAGCCCAGAAACACUGACCAUCUACGCACCCAGCUUCGACCACGCCGUGAAGGAUCCUGUGGCCAAUGACAUCGCCAUCCCGCCCACGGCGCGGAUCAUCCUCUUUGAAGGCCUCUAUACGGCCCUGGACGAGCCGGGAUGGAGAGACGCCCACGCAUUGAUGGACGAGACCUGGUUCGUGGACGUGGACAUCGCCACCGCGACACAGCGGGUCGCGAAACGGAACUUCGUCGCCGGCAUUUCGAGUUCCUUCGAAGAGAGCCUCGACCGGACGGAGAAAAACGACAUGAAGAACGCGAAGGAGGUGUUGGAGAAGAGAUUGCCCGUGCAGGAGAUUGUGCCCAGCGUCGAGGACGAGGCCUGGCGGAGCGAGGAAGUCAGGAACGUGGACGGCCAAUUGCAAGGAGAAGAAGAAGACGAUAGGGACGAGGACGAGAUGCGGAGGGAAAGGAUGACCAGGAUGGACAGUAUCGCAUUACUAGCGGCGGAUGGGGUGGGCAUGUGA